GGGCAGUGUUAGCUGGCGUCCGUGCAGCUCUCCGAGCCCUGCAGAUGUUUCUCUACUCCUGGGAAAACUUGAUGCAUCUACAGUGGAGCAACUCAGCUUGAAGGAAAGCUUUGCUUUUGAGAUGGCGGGGGGGAAGUCCUGUUGACAUUCAUAAGAAACUGCAGCGGCGUGGACGUCGAUGUGUCGGCAAGUGCUUGCAGCCGGAGAGGAGCUGCCCGGCCCGGCAGAGCCUGUCUGUCUGACUGUCCCCUGGAGAAAGCCGCUGUCCCACUGAAGAGCUGCUCUGGCAGCUGGCAGAGCCAUGUCCAAGAAGGAUGAGGGUGCCAAGAAGCCUGCCGCCGAGGCCGCACCAGACCAGCGAUGGAAACUCCAGGUCUUCUACCUGUGCUUCUACGGGUUCAUGACGCAGAUCCGGCCUGGGGAAAGCUUCAUCACCCCCUACCUGCUGGGGCCUGACAAGAACUUCACGGAGGUGGAGGUGACCAACGUGAUCACGCCGGUGCUGACAUACUCCUACACAGCUGUGCUGGUGCCCAUCUUCCUGUUGACGGACUACCUGCGCUACAAGCCGGUGCUGGUGCUGCAGAGCCUGAGCCACAUCUCCAUCUGGCUGCUCCUCAUUCUGGGCACCUCUGUCCUGGCCAUGCAGUUCAUGGAGUUCUUCUACGGCGUCACCAUGGCUGCCCGCAUUGCCUACUCCUCCUACAUCUUCUCCCUUGUCGCCCCGUCUCGCUACCAGCGCAUGGCCAGCUACUCCCGCUCCUCUGUUCUCAUGGGUGUCUUUGCCAGCUCAGUGCUGGGGCAGCUCUGUGUCACCGUGGGUGAUGUCCCCUUCCUCACACUCAACUAUGUCUCCCUAGGCUUUAUGAGCUUCGGCCUAAUCCUCACGCUCUUCCUGGAGCGGCCCAAGCGCAGUCUCUUCUUCAAUCGGGCAGAGGUGGAUUGCAAUGGGGCUGCACCCACGGAGCUGGACAAGAUGGCCACGGGGGGUGGUGAGGGGACAUGGCACUGGCGCGAUGCGGUCCUGUGCCGCAUGCUGCGGGAGGUGGGCAUGGUGGCCAAGCAGCCACAGCUCCGGCUCUGGUCCAUUUGGUGGAUCUUCAACUCAGCUGGCUACUACCUGAUCCUGUACUACGUGCAGAUCCUCUGGAACGAGAUCUACCCUGCCAGGGACAACCGCAGGGUGUACAACGGAGGGGUGGACGCCGCAUCCACGUUGUUGGGGGCUGUCGCCGCCUUUGCAGCUGGCUACUUGAAGAUCCGCUGGACGCUGUGGUCCGAGCUGGUGAUCGGGGCUGUGACAGCCUUCCAGGCAGGGCUGCUCUUGCUCAUGAACACCACCAGCAACAUCUGGCUGUGCUAUGCUGCCUACGUGCUCUUCCGCGGCUCCUACCAGUUCCUGGUGCCCAUCGCCAUUUUCCGGAUUGCUGCCUCCCUUUCCAAAGAGCUCUGCGCCCUGGUUUUUGGGGUCAACACCUUCUUUGCCACUGUGCUGAAGACCAUCAUCACCGUUAUUGUGGCUGACAAGAGGGGCUUGGGCCUCUCUGUGCAUCCUCAGUGGCUUACCUGCUGGCAGCCGUCGGCGUGGGCAUCCAGCACAGCCGCCACAAGCAGCCCGCGGAGCUGGCCUUCGCCAAGGAGCUGCGCCAGCCUGCCGCAGAUGUGCUGGCGACGGAGAAGAGCCCAGAGGCAGGCACCACGCAAGCCUGAGCGCCAGCCCUGCGUCCCCGCCGUGCCUGGCUGGGCUUGGCUCCCUCGGAGCAGCAGUGAGCCCGCGGCCCCAUUGCUAGCCCGGCCCCGCUCAGCAACGGGGUUCAGAGCCCGCGGCUGGUUUCUUGCCCCUCCACAGGUGCCUGCUGUCCCACGAAGCAGGUCGUGGCUCUCAAUAAAUGAGUAUCACCAUUCUGUGAUGUGCUUCAUCUCCUGUCCGCCCAGCCCACCAGCAGCCCCAGCACUGUCCCAUUGGGAAGAUACCCACUGGGAUCUCCUUUCUUCCCCAGCUCCUCCGUCAGGGCUGGGGAAGUGUCCCCCAUCCUAGAAGCUGGGCUUGCAUCUGAGCGUGAAAAUCUAACACAGAGCCACCAACCUGCACUGGGGCUUGUUCCUUCACUCCCUUUUUGGCACUGGGGAGGCCCCAAACGCAACCAGAGCAGAGCCAAGGUGCCCAAGGUGGUGUCACAGGCUAAACCCACGCUACCUCCAGGUGCUGUGUGAGGGAGACAGUUGGGGUCUGUGGGUCUCCUGGCUGCUGCCUCCCCAUCCUCCUGCUCAGCCACAUGGAGCCACACUACAAGAGGAUAACAUUUCUUUAUUCAGUGCCUUUAGAAAAUGGUUUAUAGGACACAACCGACAAAAAAAUAUAAAGCUCCACAGGCUUUAAAUUGCAGUAAUUACACAAAAUACAGUAGAUGGUAAGAAAUAGAGACCGUGUGACUCGCAUAGCUUUUAUGGUAAGAAUUUCCAUACAAUAAUAAAAAGCUAGUUACAGAUUUA